AUGAUCCUUGACCCUUACAUCCGUGAAAAGGUUCAUUAUUAUGAUCGCAAUCACCUUGUGACUGAUCCUGCUAAGUACUACCGUGUUGGACCUGUAACUGAUCUAUGGACAGAGGAAGAACGCCAGACAUUCAUUCAGCGAUACCUCAUCUACCCAAAACAGUUUGGCAAGAUUGCUGCUGGGAUCGAGGGCAAGACGGCAUCCCAAUGUGUAUUGUUUUACUACCGCGAGAAGAAA